AUGAUGGAGCUCAAGAAUUGGUCGACACAUCUGAAGGUUCCAGCGAGCGAGGAUCACAUCUCCAAUGUAUGGAUCAACGACGACAUUCGUCCCCUUCCACCACACAGGCGGACUUGGACUCGAUGGGCUUUCCAGCAUAUGAAGAAUCACUUCCCGGCCAGUGCGAAUCUGGAUACGAAACAAUUCAUCGGAUGGGUCCUCUUCAACGUCAUCAUGGCUCCCAUAAUAUACAUCAGACCUGAGGGCAUGAAACAUGUCGUCUUGUGGAUGACCAUCGUGUCGGGGAUCACCUUGGUCUGCAUCACAAUCUGGGCGUUGUCUGCGGCGCACGGGGCUGGUCCCUUACUCAACCAGUCAUCGACUACCAAGAGCAGUGAAGAGUUAGGNAAUCCGCCUGACAUCGUCCAAAAGUGGAUGGAUACCGACUACAAUGCAAAAUCGCGCGCCGCUGCCUUCUUCGCCGGAUGCGGCUUGGUGACAUCGCAGCUUGCAAUCAACACCAUUGACAAUGCUUUCUCGGCCGGUAUGGACAUUGCUGGUCUUUUCCCUAGCUACAUCAACAUCAGACGCGGAGCCUAUCUCGCUCUUGUGAUCAGCAUUGCCCUUUGUCCGUGGCAGUUGCUCGCAUCUGCAUCGACGUUUAUCAGCGUUCUCUCUGCUUAUAGUGUGUUCCUUGGACCGAUGUCUGGUAUCAUGAUCUGCGACUACUGGGUGGUGAGAAGAAGGAAGUUGAAGCUCUCAGAUCUCUACCACGGUAGCAAAGAUGGCGUCUACUACUUCUGGCAUGGCGUCAAUUGGCGAAGNUUUUUGGCUUGGAUCUGCGGCUGGAGCUACCUUAUCCCCGGCCUUGCGCAUGCAGUCGGAGCUGGGGUCAGCGCACCUGCCGCGUGUGUCAAGCUUUACUAUCUUGCCUAUCCGCUGGGCUUUGUAGUCAGCUUUGCUAUCUACUACGCACUGAACCUCGUUUGGCCUCCUCGAGGAUUGGGAGUCAUCGACGAGGUGGACGAGUUCGGUACCUUCACAAUGGACGAAAGCCAGACGCUCGGAGUCCUACCCCCGGUGGUACAAGGCUCAGUGCGAGCGGGAGAUGAUGAGCUUCAGCACCCGGAAGAAAAGACCGGUAUGUUCUGUAAGUAG